CGCACGCGUGACGCGUGGUCUCCGGCGGAAGCGAGGCGGCGCGCGCUAAUCCUCUUCUAGGGUUCCGUCGAAAUCCCGAAUCCGGAGGCGGGCGGGAGCUCGAAUUCGAUGGGGAAGGAGUCGGCGUUGGCGUCGGCGUCGGCGCCGGGGAAGUCGCGGCCGGAGUGCAUCAACUCGUCGAACCCCUACCACGAGUGCUCCGACUACUGCCUCCGCAAGAUCGCCGAGGCCAGGGAGCGCCUCGAGGAAGAGCAGCGGCCGCCGGCGGACCGCACCGUCCACCCCGACUGCAUCAACGCCUCCAACCCCUACCAUGUCUGCUCCGAGUACUGCUUCAAGCGGAUCGCCGACGCCAAAUCAGGGUUGGAGCGUGCGGAGCAAGAGCCAUCCGAUGCCGCCGCUGCCCGACCUGAGGGUGAUGACGAUGGUGAUGCGCAGCAGGAGGAUGCCGGUGCAGAGGACGGUUACCCGCAGAUGACAGAGAAGCAGAAGAAGCUAUUCGAGCUGCGGCUGAAGAUGAAUGAAGCUAGGAAGGCAAAUCAGCAAGCGAUGGUGGCGGAGAAGAAGAGGAUGGAGCCUCGCACCGAGAGUAGAGGUGUUUCGAAACAAAAAUGGCUUGAAGACAGGAAAAAGAAAAUUGGAAAGCUGCUCGACUCAAAUGGGCUAGACAUGACAAAGUCUUACAUGCUUGAUACGCAGGAAACCGCCGAAGCAAAAUACAAGAAAUGGGAAAAGGAGCCUGCACCAUAUGGUUGGGAUGUUUUUAACCAGAAGACCUUAUAUGAUGCAUACAAAAAGCGAACCAAGAACAUUGACGUUGACAUGGAGGCAUACAAUAAAGCAAAGGAAGCUGAUCCUGAAUUUUAUCGGGACGCUUCAAGUCUUCAAUAUGGAAAGGUGUCUAAGGUGCCAGAAGAAAACAUAGACAGGAUGGUUAAUGAGCUCAAGGAACGGGAUGAGAAACGGAAAGCAUUCAGCAGAAGGCGCAAGUUCCAUGAAGACAAGGACAUUGACUCGAUCAAUGACCGGAACGAACACUUCAACAAGAAGGUUGAGAGGGCAUUUGGCAAGUAUACUCUUGAGAUUAAGAACAACCUCGAAAGGGGGACUGCCUUGCCAGAUUAACAACCACGCACAAUCUCCCAGCAUGAACCUACCCAUUCUACCUUUUGCUUGUAACCUAUCAACGAUUUGCGUGGAAACUGUAACUGUAAGAAAGCCAACUCCGAUGUAAUGACGUGCAAAUAUAGCAUGCUUAAGCAGUUAUGUAUUCAGAUGUGCCGAGUCAUUAGUCGAAGACUUGUAGUGGUGGCUUUAUGUAUUCAAAUGAGUUGAAUCAUUCA